GUCUGCAUAUUCUCUCUCUGCUGAACUCUGAGUCGUUAAAGAUGCCAUUGUUACUUGUCUACAGAGCGUUACGCAAAGCAUCUGAAUGGAUGCAAACCUUCUAUUCGGAUGUCCUGGUUGAAGGUCAAGAGAAUGUGCCUAAUGACGGCCCGCUGAUUAUUGUGGCAAAUCACCAUAAUGAACUCGUAGACAUCGCGACGUUAGCUGUGACUAUACCCCACCGUCGUCCCCUUCGAUUCUGGGCAAAAGAUUCGCUGUUCAAAGUCCCUGUCGUCCGUAACAUAUUGGCAUCUUCUGGUGCAAUCCCUGUCCACCGCAAUAGUAUCUCGGUGUCUUCCAAUGAAAAGACAACUUCAAACGGCAAUAAUCUGCAUAGUGCACUGUUUCAAGAAACUCUCGAAGCCCUCGAUGCUGGUGGUGUGAUAGGACUUUUCCCUGAGGGUACGAGUUAUACGCAUCCCCAUAUCCCGCCUCUGAAAGGAGGCGUUGCUCGCGUCGCGUUGGAAUAUCUCAAGUGGCAAACUUCCAGGAGUGACGCGAAUGGGCAACUCAAGCAUUUGAAUGUUGUUCCUGUCGGAAUCAUGUAUACCGACAAAUCUCGUUACCAGAGUCGGGUCUGUGUCAGGUUUGGACCUCCGGUAUACUUUCAACACCAUGCCUCACAAUACAGCGCUGCUUCCGCAGACCAUGCUCGUGAAAUGGUUGGAGCUCUCACCUUUGAUAUCGAGCAAAGCUUAAGGGCCCUGACCAUCAAUGCACCUAAUUGGGACGUAUAUCAUGCUGCGAGCGUCGCUAGAGACAUCAUCUAUGAGAAUGAAGGUCGUGCUCCACUUCGGUCUUACGUUCCCAUUACUCAGCGGCUUAUCAACGCGUUGAACAACCGAGAUGUGAAGGCCAGAACUAUUUUGGUCAAGUACUACUCACUGCUCUAUCAUGCAAAUAUCUCGCAUGGGUCACUCUCUGCGACAUUCCCAUAUCCGACCAUACCAUCUGGGCGACGAGCGUUUCAAACGUGUCUCUGGGAACUGACUUUGACUAUUUUUCACCCUCGUGCCCUCUUGUUUCUGCCUCCCCUCUUGGUUCACAUCCCUGGCUAUCUUUCUGGUUACCUGGGUAGAAAAUAUUUGGCCAGCACCGUUUUCGAGGAAACUCAUGCUCAGUUCAAGGCCAUAUGUGGUGGUGUCGGUUUUGGCCUUUGUUCUGCUUUCGUUUCGCGAACCGUGUUUGAAUAUUUCCUCUGGCCAAUCGUCAAACGUCUGACUUCUAGAUCUGUACUUGAUAUCUCUGCGUUCGGGUUCAGGUUGAAGAUCGACGAACGUGUCCUCCACAAUGUGGGAUUGGUGGCUACGGCGUAUGGCAUGACCUGGGCUUUGUUUCGCUGGCACCAUGCACUUGUUGAUAGGAACUAUAUGCAAUUCAAACGUUUGACAACAUCCUUCAAAGUCCUGAUCGGCGUUAUGCGACCCGCAUCCCAAACUCUGUCGGAUUCCGAACUGGCAUUUUAUAUUCGAUCCCCACCGAAACCUUUCAACAGGUUCCUCAAUAUAUCUACUGCUGCGCCGUCUUCAGGGUUAACCCCAAUGCGUAAUACGACCCAUUCGGAAGAAAUGGCUAAGAAUGAAGCAGGAAGCCUAUCUACCUCGGCUUUGAUUAUGCCUUUGCUCGCUGCUCGCGUGGAAGCUACGGCGGUUGUGAAGGAACUCGUUGGCCGAAACCCAGAAUUGAUAAUCUGAAGGGAGGAUUGACUUCAUCAAUAUCUCUGAUUGUUUGCUAUUUUAGUCACGUCAGACGGUCUAACACGAGGGAGGGAGGGAGUUUCUGACGCUAUCGAUAAUGUGACGGAAUAUAUUACACCUAUUCUU